GGGGCCGCCCAGCCCUCGCCGGCGGGAGGGGGCGGGGGGCGCAUUUGUCUCUAAUGAGAAAAGACAAAGACAUCCCGGCGGCCGUGGCUGUUUCCGCGGAUCCCGCGCCGCCUGAAGCGGGCGAGGGUGUUCCCGGGACCUGGUCACCGCCUGUCCCCCGCAGGUGCUGCCAGCCGCUACCAUGACCGAGGGCGUGCAGGCGGCCGACGAGGUCCGCGUGCCCCUGGGCGCGCCAGCCCCGGGCCCGGCGGCGGCGGCGGCGUCGUCCCCGGCGAGCCCUGGGGCCCCGGGGCCAGAGGCGGAGCGGGGGUCGGGGCCCAGCGCGUCGCCCCCCGAGAGUCCGGCGGCCGAGCGCGGCGCGGAGCUGGGCGCCGACGAGGAGCAGCCCGUCCCGUACCCGGCGCUGGCGGCCACCGUCUUCUUCUGUCUCGGGCAGACCACGCGGCCGCGCAGCUGGUGUCUCCGGCUGGUCUGUAACCCAUAUCCUUCCCCGGCCUCCGGGGGUGCGGGGAUCCUGGGCACGGGGCUCCGGGGCGCGGGACCCCCUCCCGCGUGUGCCUCCCACGCCCGGGCUUUUUGGCCCCGGCGCGGUCUGGGUGCGCGGAGGACGCAGUACAGCGGCGCGAGGGGAGCGCUCCUCCGAGAGAGGCGGCCCCGGGCUGCGCUUUGUGGGGCAGCGGCCGCGGCUCUCUUGAUCCGAACGGGGUGUCCCCGCUCCAGGGCCAGCUCCGGACGAGAGAGGGUGGAAUAGAAGCGGCGAGGCCACUGCGGGCUUGGUGGCCAGGAGGGAAGUGGGCACUGCCUGCGCCCCCAUGGGUGCCGGGUCAGGACGGGAAUUCCUCCCUCCGGGUUUACGGGACCUCCGGCCUGAGGCAGGAUCCUCACUGCGGUGGGGGGUAGGGGGUGCCGGCGGGACCUCAAUAAGGGAUCAAAGUUUUCUCCCUGUCCCUUGCACUUGGGAGAGUCUGGGAGACCCUGGGGGCCAGGAAGCCUUGCGCUCUCGCUGGUCCUUUUCCGUGGGGAGAGGCGGUGACGUCGGUUGUGAACUCGCCUUUCCAGGCUGAACUCGGUGUUGGGGCUGAUUUAA